AUAAUCUUCAGAUAAAGACUCCUACAAGUGAAUCCCCGAGGCUGAGAAAGGUCAUGCCCGAGUGAUUUAUUCGGUCGCGGUGUAUAUUGCGUGUGAGUUGCAGGGAGGCUGAGAGGAAUUAGAGCACUUAAAGUUCUGCCGUGCUGUUGUCUGAUUCUUCUUUCUCCCCAUUUCAAUUUCAGUACCGGAGCUCCUAAUUGUUAUCGUUAACAUAAUUCCUCUCAUCACAACCAAACGAAAGAAUGGCAGCGCCAAGCGGCGGUGGGAGGAGGAAAGAAUCGGCCAAAGCAAUAGUGGCGGAUCAGAUUUCGCAAUCGGUGCAGUCCACCUCAAAUCUCCUUCACCUCAUGCUCCAGUCAUCUCCCUCCCAUGCGAGCCCAACUAAUGAAGCUUCCAAGAAACCUUCUGGCAAAGACUUCCACAAUAAAGAAUACAGAGAUGGUCUUGGAGCAGUUGCCUCAAGUAAUUUCAUCACUGGAUGCACAUACGGAAAGAGGACUGCAGAGUGUGCCUCAUUUGAAUACUGUGGUCCAGUUGCUUUCUAAUAUGCAAAACUGCCAGAUUAAGUCUUUGUCCAGAGGGCAGCUUGCUCAAGAGGUAGUUAGGAUUCUUCCUUUCUUCGCCCUUUGUGGUUUUCUUCCCCUUGUCAAAUGCUAACUAGGGUACACUCUGGAAUUAGACUGCCUCCAUAUUAUUGUCAAAAGGACUUG